AUGACUUUUUUAUUUUUUUAUUUAUUAUACUUAUUUGUAUCUAAUAAAGAAAAACUCAUCUUAGGAAUUUGCAGAAAUAUAAAAACUCUUAAUGAAGUAAACAAUUUAUCAGAAAAAUAUAAAAAUAGAAUAUUUUUUUUAAAAAGUAGAAAAAAAAAAAAUUUAAUAAAACAAAAAGUAGAAAAGACAUAUAGUUUUCCUUUUAUAUCAAAAAAAAAUAAUUUAUUUGAUAUAAAUGUCUUAUUGAAUGUAAAUAACCUGUUUCCUUUAGAUAAAAAAGAAAAAAAAUUCUUUAUGAUUUUUAAAGGUAUUAACAAAAAAGUACGAAUUACUGAUUUCACAAAGAUUAAAAAACAUUUAUAUAUAAAAAAUUUGAAUUACAUAAAUUCUCUAUAUGUUAAAAACAGUUUUAAAACAUAUAGAUUAAUAGAAAGUAAGUUGGGAGCAAAAUCAUAUAUGAUGAAAAAUAUUUGUAGCAUGAAUAACUUUGAUAAAAGGUAUGAUGAAGAAAAUGAAGGAAACAAUUAUUCUUUGAAUAAUAUGAAUAGAAGAUGUAACGAAGAAAAUACGAAAAAUGGGAAUCCUAGAUAUAUGUCUUCAGAAGAAGUUAGAAAUAAUUUUAUAAAAUAUUUUAAUGAAAAAAAUCAUACUAUAGUAGAAAGUUCUUCAGUAGUGCCUUACAAUGACAACACUUUAUUGUUCACUAAUGCAGGCAUGAAUCAAUUUAAAAAGAUAUUUUUAGGGAAUGUAGAUAAAAAUAGUGAUUUAGGAAAACUUAAACGAGCAGUUGAUACACAGAAAUGCAUAAGAGCAGGUGGAAAACAUAAUGAUUUAGAUGAUGUAGGUAAAGAUGUAUAUCAUCAUACAUUUUUUGAAAUGUUAGGUAACUGGAGUUUUGGGGAUUAUUUUAAAGAAGAAAGUAUUGAAUAUGCUUGGGAUUUAUUAACUAAUAUUUAUAAAAUAAAUCCAGAUAGAUUAUAUGUAACAUAUUAUGGAGGAGAUCCAAAUUUACCUGCAUGUCCAGAAGAUAAAGAAACAAAAAAAAUAUGGACAAAAUAUUUAGAUGAAAGUCGUAUUUUACCAUUUGGAAUUAAAGAAAAUUUUUGGGAAAUGGCAGAAACGGGACCAUGUGGUCCAUGUUCUGAAAUUCAUUAUGAUAGGAUUGGGAAUAGAGAUGCAUCAAAUUUAGUUAAUAAAGAUGACCCAAGUGUUUUAGAAAUAUGGAAUAUAGUUUUUAUGCAAUAUAAUAAAGAUGAAAAUAAAAAUAUGAAUAAAUUACCUUUCCCUUGUAUUGAUACAGGAAUGGGAUUAGAAAGAAUCACCUCUAUUUUACAAAAUGUUAAUAGUAAUUAUGAUACGGAUCUAUUUCAACCAAUUUUUAAACAAAUAAAAGAAAUAUUUAAUUAUCUUCCAGAUUAUGAAGGAAAAAUAAAUGAAGAAGAUGUUGAUAAAAUUGAUACUGCUUAUAGAGUUAUAAGUGAUCAUAUUAGAUGUGUCACUAUUGCCAUAUGUGAUGGAUGUCUUCCAAGUAACGAAGGAAGAAACUAUGUUAUCCGAAGGAUCAUAAGAAGAGCUAUAAGAUUUGGAAAGCAAGUUUUUAAUAUUAAAAGUAAUGUUUUAUGGUUUUAUAAAUUAGUAGACUCUGUUUGUCAAACAUUAGGGAACUCUUUUAAGGACUUGAAAAAUGAAAAAAAAGUAAAUUAUAUAAAAAAUGCUAUCAAACAGGAAGAAAUACUAUUCAAUAAAACUUUAGAAAAAGGAGUAGAUCAAUUCCAUAAGAUUAUUAAAAAAAGUAGUAACAACUCAUUUAGUGGAAAAGAUGCUUUUGAUUUGUAUACAUCUUACGGGUUUCCAGUAGAUUUAAUAGAAAUAAUGUGCGAAGAAAAGAAUUUUAAACUAAAUAUAGAAGAAUUUAAUAAUUUAUUUAAAAAGCAUCAGUUAGUUUCAGAUACUAAUAAUUUUAAAAUAACUAAAUUUUUUGAUAUACCUGUGGAAAAAUCACAUGAAUUGAAAAAAAAAUAUAACAUAUCUGCUACCAUUGACGAUCAUAAAUAUAAAUGGAAUAAUAAUGAAAUAGAAAAUGAUUUUAAAUUAAAAUCUUCCGUUCAAAUUAUAUAUGAUGGAGCAAAUUUUUUAGAUAAUAUAUCUUUUACAAGUAAUGAUAAAAAAUAUGCUUUAAUUUUAAAAGAAACAAAUUUCUACUACGAAAAUGGAGGACAAAUAUACGAUAUUGGAUUUAUUCAAAAUUGUAAGAUGAAGUUCCAGGUUUUAAAUGUUCAAAAAAUUAAUGACUAUAUACUACAUAUUGGUAUAUUACUAGAAGGAAGCAUUCAUGCAAAGGAUGAAGUGGAAACAGUAGUAGAUUUUCAAAGAAGAAAACUUAUAGCUUGUAAUCACACAGCUACUCACUUACUAAAUUUUACUAUAAGAAAAGUUUUAAAUGAUCACAUAACUAUAAAAAACAGUGAAAAUAUGCAAAAUGAAAAUUUUAAAGAUAAAGAAGAAAACAUCUUUACAAAAGAAGAAAAUAUAAAAUGCAGUAAUCAAAAAAAUGGAAUUACUAACGAUGAAGGAUGUAGUAUCAGUAAAGACGAUGACUCUUGUUCCAUUUUUAGUUGUGAACAGAAGGGCUCUUUAGUAGAUGAAGAAAAACUAAGAUUUGAUUUUUCCUUUUUUGGAAAUAUAAAUAUUGAAUUAAUAAGUAAAAUAGAAGAAGAAAUAAAUAAUUUAAUAAAAGAAGAAUUAAAUGUUUCUGUUAAAAAUAUGGAUUUAACUGAAAGCAGAAAAAUAAAAGGUAUUAGAGCUAUAUUUGAAGAAGAUUAUGCAGAUAAAGUAAAUGUUGUUUUUAUAGAUAAAGAUGUAAAUAAAAUUUUAAAUAAUUUAGAUGUAAAUUAUACCUAUUUAUGUUCUAUAGAAUUAUGUGGAGGAACGCAUAUUGCAAAUACUAAGUAUAUAAAAAAAUUUAUUAUUACAUCAGAAGAAAGCAUAGGAAAAGGUAUAUAUAGGAUUACAGCAGUAACUAAUAAAAAAGCUGAAGAAGUGGAAAAUAAAUUUAAUAAUUUAUAUAUUAAAUAUAAAAAUAUUUUUGAGGAACCAAAUGAUAAAUUAACAGAUUUACAAAAUUAUAAAAGAAUUUUAAAAGAAGAUAAAUUUUUGCCAUAUAUUAAAAAAAAUUACAUAUUACAAGAUCUUGAAAAAAUAGAAAAAAGUAUUAUUGAAAAAGCAAAAAAUAUGCAAAAAGAAUUAUACAACAAAGCUAUGAGUAUUGGGAAAUUAUAUUCAUUAGAAAACAAACAUAACAAUUUGUUAGAUGUUAAUUUUUUUAAUAAUAUAAAGGGAAAUCAAAAAGUUUUGGAGAAGAUUGUUCAAUCGUACACUAAAAACAAUAAAGAUUUAAGUUAUUUUUUUAUUAUUUGUGAUGAAAACAAUACAUAUUGUGUUUUUGAAAUAAGAGAUUCUUUAAAAAAUAAAAAUAUACAAGCAGAUAUAUUUAUGAAUGAAAUAAUGAAAUUAGUAGGGGGGCAUUCAGGAGGAAAUAAAAAAAAGGCUUUUGGGUCAACAGGAAAAGAUAAAGGGUUUGAUCUAAAAAAAUUUGUAGAGGAAACUUUUAAGCAGUAUUACUAA